UUCAUUUCAGUUCGUCACUGUUUCCACUUUCCAGUAAUGGCGUCUUCCUCUCUCUCCUCAUCCUCACUCUCCACUCUCCGAAAAUCCCUCGCUAAUUCCACCCCCAAUUCCAACUUUCCUUCAAUUUCACUCCCAAAUUCUCAGCAAAAAACCCUACCACAAACCCUAACCACUAAUCGCAAACACCAACACCUGACGCACUCCUCCACCAACUCCACCGCCGUCCCCGCCGUAUCUCCCCCGCGAUCCCUCAAAUCCCGCCUCAAGAACGGCGAGACUCUGUAUGGCAUCUUCCUCCUCACCUUCUCCCCUACUCUCGCCGAAAUCGCAGGUCUCGCCGGCUACGACUUCGCCGUGGUGGACAUGGAGCACGGCCACGGCGGAAUCUCCGACGCCCUCCCCUGCCUCCACGCCCUCGCCGCCACCAACACCGCCGCCGUGCUCCGCAUCCCGGAAUCCACCGCCGCGUGGGCGAAAAAAGCCCUAGAUCUAGGCCCGCAGGGCAUCAUGUUCCCGAUGAUCGACAGCCCGAAAUCGGCCCGGAAGGCCGUGUCGUACUGCCGGUUCCCGCCCAACGGCGUGCGCGGGUCGGCGCACACGAUCGUGCGGGCGUCGGACUACGGGAUCGACGAGGGGUAUUUGAGUAAUUUCGAGGAGGAGCUGCUGGUGAUGUGCCAGGUGGAGUCGGAGGAGGGGGUGAAGAAGAUCGACGAGAUCGCGGCGGUGGAGGGAGUGGACUGCGUGCAGAUGGGGCCGCUGGACUUGAGCGCCAGCAUGGGGUACCUGUGGGACCCGGGGCACAAGAAGGUGAAGGAGGCGCUGCGAGGGGCGGAGAAGGCGGUGCUCAAGGGGAAAGCGGCGUAUCUGUCCGGGUUCGUGAUGCCGCACGAUCCGGCGACGGAGCUGCGGCGGAGGGGGUACCAUAUGGUGUCGGGGGCGGCGGACGUGGGGCUGUUCAGGAGUGCGGCGGUGGAGGAUGUGAGGAGGUUUAAGGCCAGCUUGGUGGAUGAUGAUGAUGCUGGCAAGGAGAGUGUUGUAGUUGCUGAGGAAAAGUACUGGAGUGAGUGAAUGGUAAAUGAUCAAUCACUGUGUGUUUGAUUUCUUCAUCUCGUCAGAUGCUUGAUUUGAUUUUGUAAUGCUCUUCAAUGGAACUUGCUAUAGAGAUUAAGGGCUGAUGAUGGUAAUGCUUAACAUUUCUAUGCGAUGACACAAAUUCUUGUUGGUUA